AUGUAAGAUUUUCCCUAAUAAUAUAUAUAUUAUAUAUUAUAUAUUAGGGCCUUAAUUAAGUGGUGCAAGUUAACUAGGUUUAUUAAGUGGUUUGGUUGGACUAAACAACUAGUAGUUGUAUUCAACCAGACACUGUGCCUAUAUAAAUCUGUAUUGAUGGGAUACAGGAUAGGCAUUAUAUAGCACAUACAGUUCACGGUACUCAUACUGCUUAGUAGACACCAGUACACCAUCUAGGGUUCUGAGUCAAGUAUGAGACAAAUCUGGCUAACGAUCUACCGUUCAUGAGGCAUUGCAUCAACUGUGGCUGGAGAUCAAUACGGCUUCCGCUUCCGCUACUACGAAUCAGCUACCACAUAGACGCAAAUGGCUUAUGCUGCUGUAACUUCACUUAAAGGAACACUCCAUCUACACUUCUUGCAAUCACAACCACGUUUGCCUCUUAAAUGCAAACAAGAGAUACUUAAUUCUCUCCAUGAAAAUCUUUGUUUCCUCCAAGAAAUUCUUGAGAAAUCUGAGAUCGCCUAUAAUAAUUCGGCGAUUAAAGAUUUAGAGGCAGAGAUGAGAGAUGUAGCGUUCAAAGCCGAAGAAAGGAUUGAGAUGGAGUUGAGUAACAUAUACCUUCAGUCAAGCAGUAUAGAGGCUUGCCUCCUCAGGCUUCAUGGAAUCUUCAAGCAAGUAGUAAAACAGACUGAUUACCUCAAGAAGAAGUUGAUUAAGAUUAAAAGUAAAGAUCAGUAUGCAAAGGGUCCAUCAAUCACUGGCGUUUCACUCCUUGGUCGGAUGCAACAAAGAGAACUACUCCUUGGUUCAACAUCAUCGCAACCUGCUGAUCCAGAACGCGAGAAUAAUAUUACAGUGAGUAAAUUUUCCAAAAGUGCUUCAAAGUUUGACAGUAGAAUGGUUGGAUGCGACAAGGAAUUCAAGACGAUAUUGGGUAAGCUCACACAACAAUCAGCUGAGAAGCUCCAAGUUGUAUCAAUCGUUGGCAUGGGAGGAAUAGGCAAGACCACUUUAGCUGGGAAAGUCUACAAGGAUCCAUCAAUUACAUCUUAUUUUUAUAAGCAAGCAUGGGUUACUGUAUCCCAAGAGUAUACCGUGGUGGAAAUGCUUAGAUGCCUCAUUGGUUGUGUUAGUGCGUCAAGUAAUGAUGAACAAAGCAGCAAUGAUCGAGACCAAUUAGCAGGAAGUCUACGGAAAAGCUUGAAGGAUCAGAGAUAUUUGAUAGUGAUAGAUGAUAUAUGGAGCAAAGAAGCUUGGGAUAGUGUGCAAAGGUGCUUUCCAGAUGAUAAUAAUAGAAGUCGUAUACUACUGACUUCUCGUCUCAAAGAGGUGGCUGAAUAUGCUGCCAGUACCUCUAUCAUUAACAUGCCUUUCUUAGAGGCCAAUGAAAGUUGGAAUCUCUUCUGCAAUGUGUUUGGUAAAACAGAAUUUCUUUUGGUGUUUGAGCAAAUUAGUAGAGACAUAGUGAAAAAAUGUAAAGGAUUACCUCUAGCUAUUACUUUAGUGGCUAGUCUUCUCUCCAAGACAGAGGAGAAGGUGGAAAAGUGGAAGAAUGUUGCAGAAAGUGUAAUUGGCGAUUCUAAUGAAGUGUGCUCAAGUGUACUAUCUUUGAGUUACAACCAAUUACCACACCCCUCUAAAGCUUGUUUUCUAUAUUUUGGAGUUUUUCCAGAAGAUUAUGAAAUCCCUGUAAAGAAGUUAGUUAAGUUGUGGGCAGCAGAGGGAUUUUUCGGGACAGUGAACAAUAAGAAUAUGGAGGAAGUGGCCACAGAAUGCUUGCAAGAUCUUGUUGAUAGAAGUCUUGUUCUAGUUGACAAACAGAGUUAUAAUGGCAAAAUCAAGAUAAUUAGGAUGCAUGAUCUCUUGCGAGACUUUUGCUUAAGAGAAACUCGAUGUGAAAAUCUCUUGAAUGUUAUUGGAAAUGAUUAUCAUGGUGCUGUUGCUGGACUAGUAAAACUUCCAUUUCACAAGUGGAUAUCACAACACUUGUUUUCAAAAGCUUGUCCUUGGGUAAGUAUUAAACCUGGAUGUUACAAUAUUCAAAAUAGAUCUAAGUGCUUUGGCAAUUUUCAUUCCUUACACUCUGUUGAUCAUAUUGAUUUAAGCAUUAAGGAGCUUUGUCACUUUAAACUAUUAAGAGUAGUAGACAUGAAACUUAGAUUCCAGAACUUUGUAGAUAAGAUGCUACAUAUGGCAAAUCUUGUUCAUUUGAGAUACUUAGGUUUGUCCCAAAGUGCGCGUGAAGAUGUACGCCUUCAUAAAUUAAAGCUCUUUGAGCAUUGGAAUAUGCAAAGUUUUAUUGUUCGUGGAUUUAGUGUUAUAUUGGAUUCCUCGGAGGCAUCUGGAAUUUGGAAAAUGCCACUAUUAAGGAAUUUUUAUGUGGACAUAAUUCCUUUAACAUUAGAGGCUUCAGAGGUUAUUCAUAGAAACAUAGAGACUAUAUCUUGGUUGCAUCCGAAGUGUUGUACAGAGGAUCUUUUUACAAGGAUUCCAAAUUUAAAAAGAUUGGGAAUUCAAGGUGAACUGCUUUUUGGAUAUAAAAAUUCAGAUGGUUUCUAUAAUUUUGUGCACUUGAGGCAGCUUGAGAAACUAAGCAUCAAAUGGUGGGAUCUCAAACUUCCGUAUAGCGGCAUCCCAUGGGCAACUAGUUUUCUACCAAAUCUUAAAAAACUCAAAUUCUUCAGGGCUAGGUUGCCAUGGAGUGAUAUGAGACUUAUUGGUAUGUUGCCAAAUCUAGAAGUUCUAAAAUUGAUAGAUGCUUGUGAAGGAAAAGAGUGGGAGCCAUGUGAGGGAGGGUUCCCUCAAUUGAAAAGGUUGGUAAUUGAAAGUAAAUGUCUAAAAUAUUGGAAUGCUGUGGGUGACCAUUUUCCUGUGCUUGAACAUUUAGAGUUAACUAAUUGCAUUUCGUUGCGAGAGAUCCCUAUUGAGUUUGCCGAUAUCACCACACUUGCAUUGAUUCAAUUAACAUACUGCCCGGAUUCCGUUUUGGCUUCCGCAAAACGUAUUCAAGAUGAGCAGCAGAGAUAUGGAAUUGAUACUCUCCUCGUUCGUUCUAAAAAUAUUAAGCAGUAUCUCAAAUUAGAGGAAUUGAUGGAUGUGACGAGGGUAUGCAGAUUGGGAGGCGAUGAAAAGUUAAGAGCCACAAAGCUGAGCUGCGACGGCGACGACGACGGGGUAGCAUAG